GUGUUUUAAAAACAAAUUGAGAUUAAUGAUAAAAUAAAAAUAUGAUAUUUAAAUUACGCUUUGUAAUUCAAACCAUUCUACGGGUGUUCUAAAAUUUAAUGGCACUAGAUUUCGCUUGACAGUUUAUUGUAUAUCAAUAACUAGUUUUUGCUAAUUUUGUUAAUAUGUGGAUAUAACUUGAUAUUCUUAUAUAUCUACAAUGCCGACCAUAAAAUGAGAUUCGACAUAUAGGGAAAUGUGGGGCAAUGUGGAACAGAGCGGCAAAGUGGAAUAUCCGUUUGAAUUAAAUACUUUUGGCGCCACCCCCUUCUAUCCCUUUGUAAAUGAUAAGUAACCUAUUUAUCAACUCUUUUAUAAAUCGAUUGUAACUUCAGUUAGGUUAUGUUGUGUUUGAACUCCAUUUUUGUGACUCACCACGUUUUCUUGAAAGAAAAGAUGGUGCGUAACUAUAAUGGAAGACAUCUCAACAAAGCUGGUCGGAAGACUCAAUAAAAAUAGCUAUAGCAGCAGUAAGAAGCGGUGAAAAAAAAUACGUGGGAGCUUAAUGUGCCCCGAGGAACUUUACACAGGCGCGUUCAAAAAGAUAACCCUUUAAAAGGUAUGGGUAGGCCUGUUUUUACACAAGAGGAAGAGAAGCUAUAAUAAGAGCACAUUUUAAAUAUAGAAAAGAGAUUUUUUGGAUCAACAAUAGAAGAUUUUCAGAAACUUGCCUUGGAGUUUGCAGAAAAAAAUUCAAUCCAUCCUUUUAAUAAGGAGCUGGGUCUGGCAGGAAGGGACUGGGUGUAUGGUUUCCUAAAGCGGCAUCCAGAAAUUUCUAUUCCCCAACCAGAAAAUACCUACUGGCUCGAGCAUCCGCUUUUUAUAAAAACAAUGUUGGGACCUUUUUUGAACUCCUGGGGGGACCUAAUGGGCAAAUUUAAAUUUUCUGCAAGCCAAAUAUUUAAUACAGAUGAAAAUGACAUAACUACAGUCUCAACAAACAGCCCAAAAUUCUUUCAUUGAAAGGGAAGAAACUGCUGGCGUCAGCUGAACGUAGAACCUUGGUGACGGCAGAGGUCUGCUUUAGUACGUCUGGGCAAUAUGUGCCUCCUUUACUGAUCUUCCCUCGCGUUAGAAAAGACCCAGCUUUUGAGAAGGGUCUUCCUCCCGGCAGUCUGGAUGAAUGCAACCUGAAAUUUUCGCACCAAUAUGGUUCGAGAAUUUCUUGCGCCAUGCUCAACCAACUAAAGAAGAACCAGUUCUAGUUAUAUUAGAUGGCCAUGCCCCUCAUACCAAGAAUUUAACGUUCCUCGAGACGGCGCGAACAAAUAACGUGCAUAUUUUGGUUAUUCCGCCUCACACAUCCCAUCGACUUCAAGCAUUGGGCGUGGGGUUUAUGAAGCCACUGAACACCUUUUAUGCACGUGGCUAAGAAAUAAUCCUGGGAAAGUGAGUGGUCACAUUGAAACAUAUCAGCUCUAUUUUUGGGGAAGCUUAUAUGAGGGCAGCGACUACACAGACAGCAAUUGUUGUUGUUAACUCUCACACUUUGCUCCCCUAAUUUAAAUUAUGUCUAUUUUGUGUCCAAAAUAUUAGAUUCAAAUUCAUAUGUAAGGAAUAAUUUUACACAACACAUCUUUGAAUUAUAAAUGGCUCGUCCCAAGCUAUUUUUAUAAGUACAUUAUCAUAUACCUCAGAAAGGUUUCGUACAGUGGAAUGAUUUCCAGAACAGAUCUUAAUCGAUGACACGGAAAGUCACUGCUUUAAUAAUACCUGACUCAGUAUUGAUCACUGUGUCGCGUUUUUUUUUCAUGUUUAUUUCUGCAUACAGUAAGACCCCGCUUAACGCUGUUUCGGUUUAGCGCUCUUUUAUUUCAACCCGGGGAUUCCCCGAAAUCGCUCGCAGUAUACGGGGAUUCCCCGAAAUAUUAUGCAGUGAUAGGUUUCAAAUACAUAUCCGAAAGAGUGUACUUCUAUUUCUUGUUUUGUGCCGUAUUGUACAGACAUUUUUUAAUUAUUGGAAACAUUUGUUGAUAUUAUUGUAAGUAGGUAUUAAUUUACAUAUUUAAUACUAUAUUACAGUGUCAAAUAUUUUGAUCUUAAGCUUUUUACUAUGGGUGAUAAUGAAAAAGAAAAGAAAGCAACCAGAAAAAGCAUUUCACUCAAAACUAAAAUGGAAGAGAUUAGAAGAUUAGAUUCUGAUGAAUGUCUAACUCUAAUUAGUGCUUCAUUGAAUUUGCCAACUUCAACAAUAAGGACCAUCAUGAAGAAUAAAGAAAAAAUACUGUCAUCGGCAACUGCAACUACGUCAAGCUCUGCUACUAGAAUUACCCGUUCUAGAAAUAAUAUCAUAGAGGAAAUGGAAAAACGACUGUCUAUAUGGAUUGACGACGAAAUUGACCGCAAUAUGCAAUUAAGCCAAUCUAUCAUAAUGGAAAAAGCUAGAAGAAUUUUUAAUUACAUUCAGGCUGAGACAAUUGACAAAAGUGAAACUUUCGUUGCUAGUCGAGGAUGGUUUAAUAGAUUUAAACAUCGAAAUAACCUUCACAACAUAAAGAUUACAGGAGAAGCAGCAAGUGGUGAUACAAAAGCGGCGGAUGAAUUUCUAGCGAUAUUAAAAAAAAUAAUUGAAGAAGGAAACUAUCCUCCAGAAUUGGUUUUCAAUGUUGAUAAAACAGGCUUGUUUUGGAAAAGAAUGCCGAAACUAACAUUUCUAUCGCGUGAAGAGAAACGGCCACCAGGAUUUAAAGCUUCAAAAGAUCACUUAACCCUUCUACUAGAUGGUAAGCUCUAGCGCAGGAUCUUGAUAAUAGUAGUGAGUCUUUGAUGGAAGCAAUAAAUAAUCUAGGUUUUUGAUAUCUGUAUACCUUAUGAUGGUAUGUACCUUUUAGGUUUAAGUGGUUGAUCCCAUUUUCAAUUGUCUCACUGAUCACCUAAAUAUAGUUGAUUAAGGUCCA